GUUAAUACUUAAUUAUCACCAACAAUGGCGAGCAAUGGUAAGAGCACUGAUCAAUGGACAAUAUAUAUAUGACAAAGGGGGAUCAUGGGCCACCCCCGGCGAUUACUCCACCUGCUGUGGUUGGUCUCUUUCGUGACAAUUUAUCCAAAGAAUAAUGACGCCGUGGAACAUAAUCAUGUCCAAAACUUAACCGACAACUCUCUGAAGACGAUCCCCCCCAGUAUCAGCAACUCAUCUGUUACUAGUCUUGUGAUCGAGAGGAAUCAGAUUACUUUAACAAGUCAGGACAGACAAAGCUUGGCCAGUUAUCCCCAACUGGUGGACCUCCGUCUGGAUGGUAACCAGGUGACCCAAAUACCAGCUCGCUACUUAUCUGUUGUACCCCACCUCAGCGUGCUGUCCCUAUCCAGGAACCAAAUCAGCAGCCUACAGCCCGACUCUUUCUAUGGCCUUAACGACCUGAAAGUGCUGAACCUGUCCCAAAACCUGCUGACAAGCCUUCCCGCAAAGUUAUUCAGCGAGCUUAAUAAUCUACAGAAGGUAGACCUAGAAGACAACCCAUGGAAUUGUUCCUGCCAGCUGCUGAGCGUCAUCAGAGAGAUAAAAGCAGCAGGAGUCACCAAUGUGGGGUCAAAUACUAAAUGUGCUUCGCCAGAGCAACAGGCUGGAAUGCAUCUUUUUGAGGCUCUCGCUAAGUGCGACCCAAUAUCACCACCUUCCUCCAAAGUUUACCCUCAAAACCCACCAUCUGGCACAACAGGGUACUCUCAACAACCCCACGUGCCAAAAAUGAUGCUGACCACCAGCCCAGACAACCGCGAUCAAAAGCCCGCGUCCGGAAACACUUGGAGAUUCGCAGCAUAUGUUGCAGCCUUGGCGCUGACUACAUCCGUGGUCAUCGUGUGCGCCAUCAAAGGCCCCUCCUUGUAUCGCCUCUUCCACAAUUACAGGCAUAGACGACUGCGGCAAGACGAGAAUCAAGAGGCCCCGGCGGCUUCAAGCAUCUAUUCGGAGACGGGCCGGUACAUGAACCAUCAGACGUUUACCUUUGAGCACCAUGCGGCUGAUGGGGAAGAGGAUGUGCAAUACUUUGAAGAUCCUUACAUCAAGACAGAGGAGUAAAUACGUGAGUGUGUCAAGGACAAGCAAUUCUAUUAAAAGACUUGGAGCAAAGUGGACCAUGGAGAAUUAUUAUAGCACCCAAAAUUGCUAAGAAAUAUCACCACUUUCUCUUAAUAUCCAUUUAAGAAGUGAAAUUUAAUCUAUUCAACGAGAUGUAUAUUUUCAUAUCACUGGUUGAUUUGCAAGUAAAACUACAGGGAGUCAUCGGGUUAACACGGUUCUGAUCUAAGAUGUUUCGACUUUACAAGGCCUGUCCCCCGUCCACCAUUUUGUCUGGCUAGUGCCUGUCCGUGUUUGUGCAGCGGGAGUAUCUUCAGAUUUUUUGUCCUCCUUUUUUCGACAUUAUCAAGCUGUCUUUUAGCACUGCUUCUCCAGCCAAAAGAAAAUCCAUUGCCGUGGAAACGUAGCUCAAGAUCAUA